CGCCUAGAAUACGCGCCACUACCUUAGGUUAGUUACCUAGUAACUGUACGCCGCGCCGCGCUCGAUCCACACAAGCUUGAGAGACCUUGGGUACCGAUCGACCACAUAAUGCCCACCUAUCUCUGUCACGGCUUUCGCUGGCAUCGCCCAAGCAUUCGAUAUUUCGUGGUUAUUCAAAACGUCGACGACGCUGCUCCCGAAUGGAUCGUCGCCCGCCAAAGCCCCAUCGCCCUCCUUGACCAAUUCUACGAGUUAUUCGACUUCCUACCUCCCUGCACUCGCCCAGCGCGCAAUCUAAACUCUCCAUACCCUCACGCCCAAGAUCCUAACUCGACGAGCAACGGUUACACAUACCCCCGUAUACAUUCACACGCAGACCAAGAUAACAAAGGGAAGCUUCCCAAGCUCGAAAAUGGAACGAAGAGAAACAACAACGGUCUUCCAAAUGGGCUAUCUAAUCCCAGCAAUUCCUCGGCACAGGGCGCAAGGCUAAUGGAGCCCGAUCCGAGCGUCCCGUUUAACGAUUGGUCCGUGGUGAAGUUCUUGGAAGAGUUCGACCCGUCGGAUCUAUCCGUUGUCAGCGGGCCAUGGGCCUAUGUGGCAGAUCAUGUGGUGCGAAUAGACACAUCAGCCUCGGUCGCGGAACAGAUAAAUCUCUACGAGGCCCGAAUGAAGGCGGAACUUUACAGACCAAUGAGUGGUAUUAGCGAAGAGUCGGGUCGCAGGGUAAGCACCAUUAGCAACAAGAGGGUGGGCUGGUUUGAGAAACUGCGGGAUCAGUUACAAAGAAGCGAGAGCAUUCGGUGGUACGUCGUAGUCUGCGGCGAUGAAGAGCGCGACGACCAUGGUAGAGUGGAAAUCGAUGAAGAAGAAGGCGAGGGAGUGAGAGACAGGACGAAACUUCAAGACCGGGAACAACGGUCAUCGCGCUAUUCGCUGCGCGGAAUUGUGGAAAAUGGGUUCGAAUUCCGAUUACCUGAAUUCCUUGCUCCGGGUCGGGUGCCAGAACCGGGACCGAAGCGACGAAGGGAAGAGAGGAGGAUGGCCAAGCAGACUGACAAUAGUCAACCACUCAUACCUCCGCUCCCUGCCCCGAUUCAGGUCGUUCACACGGAAAAGGGCGUGAAACCGAAGAACUCCAAGUCUAGCGGCGGACUCAGGAGGCUGUUUUUGAAACGGAAGAUUUAUGGCUCAACUUAAGGUAUAUGUGUGCCUAGGCGGGCGUAGGUAUCUUGAUUGUCAUAUCGAGACCUAUAGCUCGUUGUCUUCCCCACAGCAUACCCAAAGCAGCGUUGCGCUCUUGGGUGGCUGUACGAUUAGGUACCAGAAAGACACCACUAGGUUAUGUUACUAUGUACCUACUCACACACCAAACAUUGAACUUCGCCAACUUCUUCUAAGCCAGCAGAGGAAAAGCCACCUCAAUAGGUAAACAACAUCCAUCUCUAUCAACAUUGCUACCUAUAAUAUCUAGCAAAGAUGGAGCAGUUACCAGAUCAGAUUAAGAUGAGCGUGCAAUCUGUCGCGGAGUCUGUCGCGCAGUCUGACCAGAUGUUAGACAAUGAUGAUUAUUUGAGCUCCAGACGCUCGUCUCCUUCUCGUUCUUUCGACUCCAGACGCUCAUCUUGUUCUUUUAACUCCACAUCUUCCUCUACUGAUUUGACCUAUAUACCUUU